GGGGUGUGGCUGGCAGGGGAGGCGGAGGGAGACAGUUCUGUGCUCGGUUGUGAGUGACUGUGCAGCUGCUUUGGGCUCUGGCUGCGGAGGGUUUACUGGUUCUGCACAACUGGGGGAUGAGUGAUACCAGUGAGGGGGACUGGUUGUAUCUGGGAGAGAGACAGACAGGCGCUGGGAUCAUAUGCUGCACUGGGUACCUGCAACAACCCCAGGACUGAAGAAUGAUGGCUGCUGGGAAAUUUGCCAGUUUCCAUAGAAAUGUGCAAACGAACCAUCAGUUCCCACUGGCGUCUUCAAUGGAUCUUCUGAGUAGCAAAUCCCCCCUUGCUGAGCGGCGCUCAAAUUCGUUUCAGGAUGUGUGUAUCCAUGGCACCCUUCCCCGGAAAAAGAAGGAAAAGACCCCUAUCCGAUCUUGUGACAUGUUCAGCCAUAUGGGAACCUUGCCGCAUACUAAAUCACACAGGUUGCCUUCCCCUUUCAUGCAGGAUAUAAUAGAGGAAUACCCGUUUCAGGAGAGGCGAGCCGGUGUACACACUUCCAGGGAAUACAAUGUGGUGGAUCCAGCUAUGGAAUAUGUGAAGUUUUCCAGAGAUCGCUAUAUUAUGGAUGGGGGAACCCCUGAAAAGCUAAAGAAAGAGUUGGAGGAAGAGUUGAAGCUGAGCAGUGAGGAACUACGGAGUCAUGCCUGGUACCACGGUCGUAUCCCACGGCAGGUGUCAGAAAGUCUGGUGAGGAGAGAUGGAGAUUUCCUGAUACGAGAUUCAUUGUCCAGCCCUGGAAACUUGGUUCUUACCUGUCAGUGGAAAAACGUCUCUCAACACUUCAAAAUAAACAAAGUAGUCGUCCGGCUAAAGGAAGCGUACUGCCGGAUCCAGUAUCAGUUUGAACAUGAAAGUUUUGACAGCGUUCCGGCGCUGGUUAGAUAUUACGUGGGGAACCGUAAACCCGUUUCGCAGCAGAGUGGGGCGAUAAUCUUUCAGCCCAUUAACAGGACAGUGCCACUGCGAUGUAUAGAGGAGAAGUACGGAGUAUCUCCUGUCAGACACCUGGAAUCUGGGGUUUUGGAUGGGAGGGUCGAAACUCCAAAACGACUGAGUCUAAACAUAGGACAUGGGCUUUCGCAGGAGCACGUCACAAUGCGUGGUAACCUGCUAAGAAACAAAGAGAAAAGUGGUAGCCAACCAGCUUGUCUGGAUAAUAUGCGGGAGAAGAGACGACCGUUGUUGAAAGCUCAUCAGUCUGAAAGCUAUUUGCCAAUAGGUGUAAGACAGCAAUACCCAUCUUCAACGCUGGAUGCAAAAUUAUCUCCCAGACCCCAUGUCUUUAGGACAGGAAGUGAACCUACUCUAAGUCCAACUGAAAUCCGGAGAUUCGCCAACGAGGCUCAUUCAGCAGAAGCGUUGAGGGGAUCAGACAGCCAGUUGUGCUCAAGACCUCCACCAAAACCCAGUAAGGCACUUAACAUGAUGUACCCACCAUCACCUACAGUGUGGCAGAACUCUGAGGCAAAUUAUUGUGAGCUGCACCCUAACCCUCCUGAGGAUUCUGGGUGGACAAAGACACUUUCCUCACACAAUAGCUUUUCUGAAGGAAGGAGGACAGAUGAGGAUGAGGAACUGUCAUUAAGUAACUCGGACAUGAGCUUCCAUUUAAUGGAGGACAGUCUCUCCCAGUGUUCAGUAGCAGACUUGGGUGACAAUGUACAGGACGAUGUGUUUAUUAGGCCAGUGUAUGAAACUGUUUCUUCUUUCAACUUUAAAGACUAUGAAUCUGUUCUCCUCACUCCAGAGAAUAAACCUCUGGAAACCAAUUUGUUGAGAAGGGCCAAAGAACUUUUUACAAACAAUGAUCCAAGGACUAUUGCCAAACAUAUCCUAAGAAUGGACUGCAAGGUUGCUAGGAUACUUGAUGUUGCACCAGAGGUGAUGCAGAAUAUGGGUGUAAGCUCUGGUCUGGAACUCGUUAUUCUGCCCUAUGGACAUCAACUCCGAAUGGAUCUAAUUGAAAGGCACGGCACCAUGGCAAUUGGCCUAGCAGUGGACAUCCUGGGCUGUACUGGAAAUUUAGAAGAAAGAGUUGCAACCUUAAACAAGAUCAUACAGCUGGCAGUGGAACUGAAAGAUCUGGGAGAUUUAUUUGCUUUUUCGGCCAUUAUGAAAGCACUUGACAUGCAGCAGAUUACACGACUGGAACAAACAUGGACGUUAUUACGGCAUCAGUACACGCAAACCGCCAUCACUUAUGAGAAGCAACUCAAGCCCUUCCUCAAAUCUUUACAUGAAGGUGGAGUAUUUGGAAUGCAAGACAGUCUCACGGUGCCACUUGUUAUGCCCCUGGUGACUCUACUAGAACGUCAGGCUGUGGUUUUUGAAGGAUUAGACAUGUGGGAAAACAAUGACAGGAGCUGUGAAAUAAUGUUCAGCCAUCUGGAAACUGCUCGCUUCAUAGCUCAAAAUGCAGCUGUAUAUCAAAAAAAUGCCGAGAGGGCGCUAGAAGGCUUUACACCGGACGAUGAGAUGAGCGAAGUCUUUAAAACGGAAUUUCAGAUGCGAUUGCUGUGGGGAAGCAAAGGCGUUCAAGUCAAUCAAACCGAGAGAUAUCAGAAGUUCAGCCAGAUCUUAACAGCACUGUCACGGAAACUAGAAUCCCCCUCUUAAAAAUAUUUUUUUAUUGAAAUAAACCAUCUCUAAUUUGUAGUAUUUAAUAUAAAGACUUAAACCUCCUUUGACAAACUGUAUAUGGAUGAACCUAAGUGCUAAACUUUGUAAAUGUUUAAUGUAUAGUUUUUUUUUAAUGAAAUAUAUAAACAGAAAAGCAAAUUAUUUAUGUUCUGUUGUGUAUUUUAAAUGUAUUUGUUGUGGCUGGUACAAAUAAUAAUGGUGUCAGUCUUCCAUCAAACUCGUCACUGGGCAGAAUUAAAGUAGUUUUACCUUUGA